AAAUAACUAAAGCCGAAAAUGGAAAACAGAGAAACUCUUGUUUACACUCUCAUUUGCAUCUUUCUCUCUCUCCACUUCUUGUUUUGGAGAUUCAGGCCGCGUUACACUGAAGUUGCGUCUGUCUUCAGACUGACCCGCCACCUUAACAUCCGCAGUUUUGCUUCAGUAACAAGCUAUAACUUCGACUUCAUGUUGUAUAUGGUCAAUAAGGCCAAGUCUGUCAACAAAGCACUAGACGAGGCUGUUCCUCUCCGCGAGCCAGCACUCAAAAUCCGUGAAUCCAUGAGGUAUACGCUUCUCUCGGGUGGAAAACGUGUAAGGCCAAUGCUUUGCUUAGCUGCGUGCGAGCUCGUAGGCGGCCAAGAGUCCACCGCAAUGCCCACUGCAUGUGCUGUUGAGAUGCUUCACACGUCAUCUCUCAUCCAAGACGACCUCCCUUGUAUGGAUGACGACAACCUUCGUCGUGGAAAACCAACCAACCAUAAAGUAUAUGGUGAAGAUAUAUCCGUCUUGACCGCUGAUGCACUCAUAGCUUUGGCUGUCAAGAAGAUGGCCGCGUCUACCUCUUUGGGCGUUCCUCCAGAGAGGGUUCUCCGGGCCAUUCUGGAGAUGACAAAAGCGUUGGGAACGGAAGGGCUCGUUGCGGGUCAAGCGGCUGAUCUGGCCGGAGAAGGAAUGAGCGGAGUGGGGUUGGAACAUCUUGAGUUUAUACAUAUUCACAAAACGGCGGCGUUGCUUGAAGCUUCUGCGGUGGCGGGGGCUAUAGUGGGAGGUGGGUCUGAUGAAGAGAUUGAAAGGCUUAGGAUGUAUGCAAGAUGCAUUGGGCUUAUGUUUCAAGUUGUGGAUGAUGUUCUUGACGUGACAAAGUCGUCGGAGGAGUUGGGGAAGACGGCCGGUAAAGAUUUGAUGGCCGGAAAGCUAACGUAUCCGAGGUUCAUGGGAGUGGAGAAGUCGAAGGAGUAUGCGGAGAAGUUGAACGUAGAAGCGAGAGAGCAUCUUCAAGGAUUUGAUUCACACAAGGUGGCGCCUUUGUUGUCUCUCGCUGAUUACAUUGUCAACCGACAAAACUAA